AUGGCUCAACCCGAUUUGAAAGAGCAACUCACCCAGCUCGCGGCAGCUCGCAAUCUCGUCCUGUCCGACGCCGCGCUCUAUCCACAAGUGGUGCAGGGCAUCCUACCUAUUAUCGGCGUCAAUGCACGGCUAGAAUUACGACGAUGGGGGUCAGAAUUCCUUGCAGAGACGUUCGCAAACCCGACGCUGCCUUCGGCCAGCAAAGAGCAGCUUGCUGGCACUGUGCUGCCCACACUACAGGGGCUGUUGGAGAAUAAGGCGGAGGAUGUCGCGGUGGUUAAGAGCGUUGUGCAGACUGCGUCCAGUCUGUACCCGUUUGUCUUCAGACAGAUAAUUCACCGCCCAGACGACAAGGCUACCUGGGAGCAGAUGACUGCGAUAAAACUUAAUAUCCUCCAAAGAAUGGACACCGCGCCGCACCCUGUCAGGGUAUGCUGCAUCAAAUUCGUGCAGAAGGUCGUGCAUGUUCAGACACCGGGUCCUAUAGCCGAUCCCAGACGGCCUGAGAAAAACGAGACUUCUAUCGCCAUUGUGCCGAGAACUCAUGCAUUGCUGUCAAUACCUAAUCUUGAAGCCGAAGCAUCCGGUCUGCUGGAUCGACUUCUGACCGUUCUCCAGGAUAACUCGGAUGAUGCGAUUCUCGUGAAUGCAACAAUAAACUGUCUCGGCAUCCUGAUCCGCACACGAUCUACUAUUGCCAAUAAGAUAUUGGAGACACUGCUGAAUUUCAACCCUGUGCAAGGAGUAAUGGGGCCUUUGACUCCUACCAUGCGUGUAAAGAUCAAGUCGAUGGAGCGGACGACUCGCGCCGUACUGAUAAAUCUGCUCAAAAGGAAUCCAAACCAUCCACUGGCUGGCAAAAUGCAACAACACAUGGAAAGGUUGGCGCAGAACUGUAUAGAGGCGUUUGACGAAUCAUCCCGAAAACGUGCGCUGCCAAACGAACCGACAGACGGCCUAGAUAAUGCCAAAAGGGCACGGCUCGGUGUUGAGACUCCUCCUUUACUCAAAAUCCCUCCUCUUCCCUCGGGACCAGUCAGCUAUUCUCAGCUGUUCACUCUUACCGAAGACAUUGGCUUGUCCUCAUUUGACGUUAAGCAACUGCCCCCCGAUCUCAUCGUCAAGAUUGCCGUAGCCGUUCUGGGACGUGUUGAUGUCAACGCACUGAAUCAAGCGACUGAGGGUAUACGCGGCCGAUACCAAACCCUUGUAGCACGCCAAGCAGCGCAGGCUCAAGCCCCAGCUGAAGAUGAAGAAGAUGACUACGAACCCGAGUACCAGCCAAUGGACAUUCCCGAAGAGGAAGCAGAAGACACCGGGGCGGCAAUUCUCGAAGUCGAGCCUGAGCUUGGUCCAUUCCAGCUCAGCAGACCUCCACCACUCACAGAAAGCGAAGCCAACGAAAUCGGCCGCGCAGCAGCCGACCGCGUGUUUGAAAUGGUGGUCGCGACUCCAUUCAAAUCAGCUGCCAAAGGCCCAGGUUCUGGUGCUGGUGGUAGUGCUGCUGCUACAGCAGCCUUGGACCGUAAGGGGUUUGCGCGUCUCGCCGGAGGCUCCCUCGACUCAAAGGAGGCAUGGAUAACCAUGCUUGUGCGCAUGGCCACCCGAGCACCCGCAAAACUCGAGGCCGCUGCGGGCGAAAUCCGGACUUCAGACGGCCGACCUACCAUAUCAAACUACAUCCGCCAACUGCUGUAUCGUCAUGUUCUCGAGGAUUUCCGUUCCAGGAUCAACAUUGCCAUCAUGUGGCUCAAUGAAGAAUGGUACAAUGACCGAAUGCAAAUGCAAGCAGUAGCAGCCUCUCGGCACAAGAAGGAAAAUGGUGACGAAGUCUCUGUACCCUUGCACUAUGACUCGUGGGUGUUGCAAGUUCUUGGUGGCAUAUUGCCGUAUCUUGAUGCGCGUGACAUCAAGAUUCUCAUUAGGUUUCUCAGCGAGAUUCCUGAAGUCACGCUGCCUAUUAUUGGGCGAGUGCAGACUCUGGCCCGGGAUCCGGAGCGCAUCAAUCUCUGUGUCCAAGCAUUACAUUAUCUCAUAAUGUUCAGACCACCCUCCAGAGAUAUAUGUCUAAACGCCCUAGAAGAGAUAUACAAUACCUACGAAGAAGCGCGCCCAUCAGCCAGCAAAGUCCUCGCGAAAUGGCGACCAAAUGUCAUCGCAUCUAAUCCUACUACCAACGGCGUAUAA